AUUAAUAUUAUUGAAAGAAGUAAAGAAUUUUAUAAUUUAAAAUAAUAUUUUAUUUUAUUUUUAAAAAAAUCCUGUUCUUAAUCACUAACCAAAUGUAACAAUAUUAUUAUAAGAGACUUAUAAUAAUAAGUCUCUUAUAAUUUUUACAGCCGCAAAAAUUUUACAUCAACGCCACGCAUAAUAAAUUAAUAAUAAUCCGUUAUUUACAAGAGACUUAUAGUAUGACUAUUUUGAGAGCUAUUUAGUCAAUAAUCCCAAUAAAAACCUGACAUGCCCCAGCCACGUGGGGUCCUUUUUUAGGCUGGACCGGUUUCCAACCCGGCCCACCCCAAAUCAGAGCCCUACUAUAAAACCCUAAUUCAAAAACCCCCCACUGCAUCUUCAUCGUCACUUUCUUGCUCGUUCUCUUUUCUCCCAAACACUAAAAACUUCAGAGGAUGGUUCGAAGCAUCAAAAACCCUAAGAAAGCCAAACGGAAAAACAAGGGUUCGAAGAAAGAGGAGGGGUCUUCGUCUUCGAGUUCGAUACCAUCGUUGCCGGCGAAGGUAUGGCAACCAGGCGUCGAUAAUAUUGAGGAAGGAGAGGAGCUCCAGUGUGACCCCUCUGCGUACAAUUCACUCCACGCGUUUCACAUCGGCUGGCCCUGUUUAAGCUUUGAUGUGCUUCGUGAUUCUCUGGGGUUGGUUCGGACCGAGUUCCCCCACACCGUGUAUUGUGUUGCUGGCACUCAGGCAGAAAAAGCUUCUUGGAAUUCUGUUGAAAUAUUUAAAAUUUUCAACAUUUCGGGGAAAAGACGAGAAUUAGUCCCUUUGAAAUCUAAUGUCGAUGGCUCUGAUAUGGAUAGUGAUAGCAGCGAUAGUGAUGGAGAUGAAGUUCAGGAUGGUGGAUCCUCAAUACCAGUUUUGCAGCUGCGGAAGGUAGCUCAUGAAGGAUCUGUUAAUCGGAUACGAGCCAUGUCCCAAAACCCCCAUAUAUGUGCAUCCUGGGCAGAUACGGGCCAUGUGCAGGUAUGGGACUUUAGCUCUCAUUUAAAUGCUUUGGCAGAAUCAGAAACUGAGGCUAGCAGGGGAUCUUCCACAGUUUUCAAUCAGGCUCCAUUAGUUAAGUUUGGUGGGCACAAAGAUGAAGGCUAUGCCAUAGACUGGAGCCCUCUUGUCCCUGGGAGGCUUGUUUCUGGGGACUGCAAAAAUUGUAUUCAUUUGUGGGAACCGACAUCUGAUACAACAUGGAAUGUUGAUGCUAAUCCCUUUGUUGGACACACUGCAAGUGUUGAAGAUCUACAAUGGAGCCCUACAGAACCUUAUAUCUUUGCCUCUUGCUCUGUGGAUGGGAACAUUGCAAUAUGGGAUAUUCGAUCAGGGAAAUCACCAGCAGCUUCUAUAAAGGCGCAUAAUGCAGAUGUGAAUGUUAUAUCAUGGAAUAGGCUUGCUAGCUGUAUGCUGGCAUCUGGAUGUGAUGAUGGCACAUUCUCCAUUCGUGAUCUGAGAUUACUGAAGGAGGGAGAUUCUGUUGUAGCUCAUUUUGAAUAUCAUAAACAUCCCAUUACAUCAAUCGAAUGGAGUCCGCAUGAAGCCUCCACUUUAGCAGUUUCUUCAUCCGACAAUCAACUAACGAUAUGGGACCUUUCUCUAGAAAGAGACGAGGAAGAGGAGGCUGAGUUCAAAGCUCAAACAAGAGAACAAGUAAAUGCCCCUGCAGAUUUGCCACCACAACUGCUCUUUGUUCAUCAGGGCCAGAAAGAUCUGAAAGAACUGCACUGGCAUUCACAAAUCCCUGGAAUGCUCAUAUCAACAGCUGCAGAUGGUUUUAACAUUCUGAUGCCUUCAAAUCUUGAAAGUGCUCUUCCAGCAACAAAUACUGCCUAAAUAUACAAAAUAGUUUCGACUACUAAAGUUAUUGCCUCCAUGGAAAAGAUUUUCGAAAGGCAGAGAAGUGAAGAGAACACUGUAGAUCUCUGAAUGAUUUGGGCUCUACAGUGAUAGCAAUUUUGUUUUUUUUUUUUGUUUCAUUUUUUUGUUUUUUUUUUUAUAAUUUAUCUAUGUGGGGGAUUGUGUUGUUUCGUAUUUUGUGUUGAGAAUGCUUUUAGGAAUUUGUUUAAUCAUAAUAUUAGAAACCCUGAGCUCUUGUUUAGUUACAUAAACAAUUUUUAGUUUUUUA